GGGGACUCGCAGGAACAAGUGGGUUGACCCUAGUUAAGUUUGUAUCAACAGUGGUUACCUAGGGAAUUGCAGGUGUGCUUUUCGUGUAUUUUGUGGAUUAUCAUGGGAUUCCAGGACAUGUAUGAUCGACUGGUCACAGAUCUGCGCGAUCCUCGAACAGAUGGUUGGUUUAUGAUGUCAACCCCAUGGCCAACAUUAGCAGCCGUCACCAUAUACAUUUUAUUUGUCAGUUUUGGACGGAAGUUCAUGGCAUGUCGACAACCAUUUGAACUGAAAAAUAUUCUAAUUUGUUAUAACUUUUGUUUAGUGCUACUCUCAGCAAUUUUGUUUGAAGAAUUUUUAGUGAGUGCUUGGUUCCGAUCUGGUUUCAGUUUGGUUUGUGAACCAGUUAAUGGAUCCAAUGAUCCCAUGUCAAUUCGGCUGGCUAAUGCGUGUUGGUGGUUUUACUUCUCUAAAAUCAUUGAGCUGUUAGACACGAUAUUUUUUGUUCUACGUAAGAAGAACAAUCAGAUUUCAUUCCUGCAUGUGUAUCACCACACAACCAUGCCGAUAUUGUGGUGGGUUGGAGUUAAGUUUGUUCCUGGCGGAGAAUCCUAUUUUUCUGCCAGCAUCAACAGUUUCAUCCACAUCCUCAUGUACACCUACUACCUUCUGUCAGCAUUUGGACCCAGGAUGCAGAAAUAUCUGUGGUGGAAGAAGUACAUGACAACUCUUCAGUUGCUUCAGUUCUGGGCGAUUCUCCUGCACACGAUCCAGGCCAUGUACGUAAGCUGCGGCUUUCCUGUCGGUUAUGGCGUCGCCUUGAUCACCUACAUGGUCUCUCACAUCAUCCUCUUCUCCAACUUCUACUACCAGACCUACCACAAGAAAGCACGUUUGGCACAGAAAACGAGCGAAAACACCAACCAUGUUGCUAACGGUUUCAUGAAUGGAUACGACCAUCAUAAACAUUCGCUUAAAGUAGAAUAAUUGCAAAGUUCCAUGUUGUGCCUCGAUAUCUUGUGGCCUAUCAUUGGUUUGUGAUCAUUCUGUCUGUCCCAACACAGAUUCAAGUUUGCGCAUAGAAGUUCCAGUUAGUAAAAUGGCUCACUAGUUCAGUUAUAUUUAUAAUGGGGUUGAAAUGUGCAAAUUUUUGUGUUUGUGUUGGCUGGUAAUACUUUUUCUGUCUUUCUUCAGUAAUCCAUUGAAUACAAGAUAAUAAUAAUGUAAAUUUUUAGCAUAGAUUAGCAGCUAAAUAAAGCCCUUUUUCCAUCAAUCCUCUCAAUUUGAGGUUCCCAUUCAAGUCAGUGUUUCUGCCAAAAAGAAAUGUUUGGGUAUGGUACUAUGGAAUUGAAUGCAACCACAUUUGUGCCUCCCCCAGAAAGAAAAUGGGUUAUGUUUAGGAUUAGGGUUAAGAAAAUCGUACAGUAAUGAUAAGAGUAAUCAACAAAAUCUGCAAAAUAUUUUGGGGUAUGGUGCCAUUCCCGUUUUUUCUUCUGGCAGAAACUCUGCAAGGGGAAGAAAUUCUGCUGAGAGAUAAGUAAAUAAAAAUUGGUCUACCAUUCUAAUCUUUUUAUGCCAUCAUAGUUUAAAGCUGUCUGUAAUAUAAUGAAAAAAAUGUCUUUAUCAGUAAUGAAAGUGCUUGUCAAAUUGAGGUAACUGAACAUUUCAACCCCUGUGUAUGUGUGUGUGUGUGUGUUUUUUUUUUAUUGCUAAAUACAUGUAUAUUUUCACAUAUCACAUAACAUUAAGUGUGAAAAGUUCACGGUUUUCAUAUUCUUACUACCAUGAACUAGUGUGGUUAUGUUACCUCCAUUAACAUACAAUGAGUUGUUUGUUCUAUGUACAUUCAUUAGUACAAAAUGUUAUACUUUGACAAUUCUAUAUGAAAUGAUGUAUAUAUUUUCAUAUUGAGCAAUAACAAAUAUUUAUUUGUAUCAAGGGUAAAAUAUUCACGCCUUAUGAUCAUUAUAUCACAAAUAAUAUACAGUUGGACCUCAUUAUGAUCAAGUUUGUCCCUGGGUCACUUUGUCAUAUAGAAUUUGCUAUUGUAAUGAAUUGGUUACGAGUUGUCUCCCUUGUCAUAUCAAGAAAACUAGUGCCUAAUACAUGUAAUUAUAAUAUCAUAUGUAUAAGAAAACACUGAAUGACGUUGAAAUAAAAGAAUGUAUUGCAAUUAUUAUCAAAAACAAAUAUGUGUAAUAAAUGUUUUCAGAAGAGCCCUAUUAAAGUAAAUUAAUCAAUAAAACAAUUUUCAUUUACUGUCGGUAGUCGUGUACUUGUUUAAAACAUCCAUGUUUGGUAUUCAGACCUCGGACAUUCAAUGCAAGUUUCUUCCAAAUUUGGAAAGCAUGAAUUCCAGGGUUUGGGUUUGGAAAUCAUGAAUUCCAGGGUUAGGGUUUGGAAAUCAUAAAUUCCAGGGUUAGGGUUUGGAAAGCAUGAAUUCCAGAGUUAGGGUUUGAAAACAUGAAUUCCAGGGUUAGGGUUUGGAAAGCAUGAAUUCCAGUGUAGUGAAGAGAAUAAUUGUAUUGGAUGGUGUGUUAUCAUAAUGAGGUCGAGCUGUAUUAUAUUUAGGCUGUGGUGUCACACAGUUCAUAUGUGAUUAAAUUGAUUUUAAACAUAUUUGUCAUUUGGAAGUGUUUUAUCCACUGGCAGCUUGUUAAACGGUGUGUCACAUAUUUUGUGCAUUAAUGUAAUGGUAACAAAGGUUUCAUGUGGUUUUUUCUCCUUGUUAUUGGUUGCUGGAAAAUAUUGUUUGAAUAUGUAUCAUAUUCAUAAGAAUUCUUCCUUAGGGUGUGGUGUAUUCAGUUAGAACUAGCUGUUUUGUUUGUAAGGUUUGAAUAUUUUAUUGUACACAUUGUUUAAUUCAAACAUUCCGUCCACUGCUUUUAUGAUUUACUAUUAUUUUAUGGGGUUUUUUUUCUGUUGUUACUUAUUAAUUUAAUUUUUUUACUUUUACACCUUUAUCCAUAUCCUAGGUACUUUGUGUUAUUUUUAUCCGAGUCAUUUUAACAAGGCAUAAUAUAUUUGAAAAAUGAUCUGGGUUUUUUAUGCUAAUAAAUGUUGUAAUGUUAUAUUCCUUAAAUGAUUGUUAAACACAAAUACAUACAUUCCAAUAUUUAGAUAAGUAUGAUUUGAAAAUGUAACCAGUUGCAUACUCUAUUAACUUCGUGUUAACAUUCCAAUUUAACUAAGUGCUGACGAACCAGUAAAGAACUCAUAGGACGACAAUAGUCUAUUUAUAACGAACGUUAUAGAUGUGUCCUUUGAAGAUGCAGUGACAUAUUUCCUGCUAACAGAAUAUGUUGAACAGUUUCCAAGCUUCGAUUUCGUAUCAUGUUUAUGUCCUGAGUGAAAUAAUUUUCAGUUGUCAUUGACUUUAGCGAGUGACAAUGAAAAUUAUUUCACGAAGGAAUUAACAUGAUACGAAAUGGUAGCGAGUUUAACAUUCUAUUUAUUACCAAAAAUCAAUCUUAAUUUAUAUCACUCAACUCGUUUGGUUGACGUUCCUAUACGGUUUUAGUGCGGCAAUCAAUGAAGUCACAAAGUGUUACGUCCCACUUGGUGUUCUAGUGGGUCCUAUCACUUUGAUAUUUACCAAGAUAUUUUUAACCAUAUGGGUAAUAAUACGUAUUAAUAAAUCUUGCGUAGAAUGUCAGGGUCUGUAUAUCCAGUGUGUUUCUGGUCGUCCUAAGAUGUGUAGUGGCUCAGGCUGGAUGUUUGGCAUGGUCAGCUGCUGGUGAUUACAGGUUCAUAUACAAUUAUUAAAACUAGUUUUUAGUUUGUCAUUAUGUUUUUUAAUACAGUGAAAUAUUAUACAUGUAUAAUAGCCUUUGUUAUGCAUGAGAUACGUUUUAUUUGUUUUAUUAGUUUAUACAUCCUAUAGAUUGUUUCUCUUAUUUUACAUGAAAGCUCCUAUCUGUUUUCUCUAUAUUGUGAUGUUGCAAUAUUGAAUGUUCCGGUAAGUGGAUAAUAGGGCAGUCAAAGAGAUGUUAGUUGCGUAAUAUUUGUUACCAUUACAUGUAAUUCGGGUCCUAGUUGCUUUUUCAUUUUAUUUUUUUAAAUACUAGCAGUGAAAUUUUAAAUAUAAUUGAUAAUACUAAGGAAACUUCUUAUUGUACAGGGGGUUUUUUAAAGUUUUUUUUUUUUUUUUUUUGUGUUUGUUUUGAGGGAGGAGUUUGUUGGAGGGUUUUGUGGGGUGGAUGGGUGUGAGGGCCCGUAUAUCAAUUUGCAUAAUAGUGAAGAAUAAUUUUUAAUCAUUGGCUGUUGUCUGAUAAUUACACAGUUUUCCGGGCAUCAAUAGAAAAUAAAACUUGCAAAGCUAAUGACAUUAUUAAAAAGUGAUGACAUUACAAAGUGAGACAUGCCAUGUUUACUGUUCAAGGGUCUACAUUUAUAUCAUAACUAGGUAUUAUUUUUUAAAAUAUGAGGUAUUCAACUGGAUCUGUGGAAAAACAUUUCCAUCAAAAAGGAUAUUUGUGUGCAUGAAAUAGACAAAAACACCAGCAAAUGUAAAAACUUUAUAUGGUUAUCUCCUAAUUUGUACAUAACAAAAGUCUCACAUUUUCCUUUAAUUUGAUGUAACUUUAGUCCUUACCUGUAGUGAAUGUUAUUUUCUUCCUAUGGUAUGCACUACAAUCUAUUUAUUUCUGAACCAACUUGGUUUUUUAAUUGCAAACAAAAAUUUGUGAUUUUUAUUUUUUCCAAAAACACAUCUAGUUUUCUUUUUCUGUCAUAUCAAACUAGGUUUUUACAGUGUUCAUGGAGGUUGGGGAGGAUUAUAGAUUUGAUAUUUUCUCUGUAUUUCUGAAAAACAGACACAAGUCAUAAAUAUCCAAAUGAUGUCAUUACAAAUUUUCCAUCCAUAAUAAAUUUAUUUGUGAUACGUCCUUCAUUAAAACAGACAGUAUCAUGCAUGUCUUGACUGUUGAUAUUUCACCGGUAAAAAAUGUUUGGAAGAGGAAAAGCUCACACAAUAGAAUUAAUCUACGUCACAAAUACCGGUAAUGGUGGCCUGUCAAAAGUUAAUCCAUAAAUGGAGUAUACUGUUCCAGAUGAGUUUCAACUUCAAUCACUGCAGUAAACAUGCAGUUUUAAAACCAUUUUUUUGUUUAUAUUUCAUUGUUUUUAUCAGAACUGUUUGCAACUUCUUUCACUACCUCAAGAGAGAACUGUAAUGCAGCUACAAUAUGUGUGCCAUUUUUAAGUCAUACACAGAUUUUUAAAUUUAUCUUUACAAUAGAUACGUAAAACAUAUUUUAUUUCUGUUUGUGUGUGUCUUAGUCUGGCAAAGUCUGUUCUGUGAAACCUUGUGAUAGCAGAGUACCUAUUUUGUGUCGGUAUUAAAUUGUUAUAAUUGUUAUAACCUAUGGAGCAACGUCUCUGUCACAUCUCAUUAUUAUUGACAAACAUUGAACAGUUUGUUUUGUUUUACGACACCACUAGAGCACAUUUAUUUAUUAGUCAUCGGCUAUUGGAUGACAAACAUUGAUGCAUGUAUUGUCAGGGUUUUUAUAGGUGGAUAAUCCACUUUUGGUGUUCUCCCACAAUGUCUACGAGACGGGGCAAUAUGGGUGAAAAAAAGGGAUUAGGCUGUGUAUAUAAUACAAUUUUUAGUAUCAGCAUCAGAUGUGUGUUAAAGCCACCGACUAAUUGUCAGACAGUGUGAAAUAUUUCAACUGUUGCAGUGAAACCCUUCAAAACCAGAAUUUCUUCGGAAUUCUUUGUUUUCAGUGAUUUUUUAAAUAUCAAUCGCCAAGCAGGAUUCCCCCAUGAAACCAGACUUUUUACUAGGAAAAUGCAGGUUCUGGCAUGUAAAUACAUAAUUGUAUUCUGAAUUAUAUAUGUGUAAUCACGAAACUGAAACUAAUCAUCUCUUUCGUGCCACGUUAUUUUUAGUGGGUUUUUUUUACGAGUAUAUAAUUCCACUAUGCAGGUAUCUUGGAUAAUUAUAUCAUAAUACUGCAUUACAACGAAUAAUGAUGCUGGUGUGUCAUUAAAUUCAUUCAUUCAUUCACAACGAAUAAGAAAUUACAAGAAAUGUGAUCUCGUCAGAAAUUUUUUUUUUCUUCAAAAACUGAAAACACACCACCUAAUUUUUACUUGUUAUUGCCAUCGCAUGUGUGUUUUCUAUAAUCCACAUAAUAACCCUGACUCUUUUGUUUAAAAAUGUUUGGUUUUUAUUGCCUACCAGAUGUGCAUUUUUAAUAAGUUCAGUCCAUUUUGCUGAAGAAGAAAAAAUUAAAAACCUGUGAUCUACUUAGCAUCCUAGUAUUUGUUUCAUUUGUGCUGUCUUUGUGUGGACUCUAAUCUGUCUUUGUCAUCCAUCUUCAGUUAUAGUUGGACCUGCUUUCCAUUAGCGAGCUGAAAAAAGUGUCGAUGUUUCAGUCUGGUGACGUAUUUAAUGUGAAGCAGUACACUCUAUAUUUUGUAUAGCAGUCCGUUUGCAAAAAUGCAGAUAUGAAAAAGCGCACGAAUCGCGCUAUUGGAAAGCGGGCCUAAGAGUAAAAUGUAUUGAUAUUGAUAUUGAUGAUCUCAUGUCUGAAUUAUGUGAUCUUUAUAGACAUAAAUUUUGAACAAAA